CCAAAAGCCCGAUCAAGUUCAUCUCCUUGCCCCUCUCCCGCCGGUACUGCGAUUGCGGUAUGCUGUAGUCCCUUUGCUUCAAUAUUUGAUACAUCGACGUCCAUUAAACUUGCCCCUUGAACAAUAGACGUUCUAUUUGAUAUCUUUUCGGGUUCCAAUAUCCUGGCAUCACUAUCCAGCCAUCCGGGAGCCACCCUCCGCUUCUCUGCCAGAUCUCUAGCGGCAAUUGCAUCAUCCCAAGCCUUCAAUUCCUUGUCGGCAUCGUCUUGCAUUUUCUGGAUAUAUGCUUUCAGAUCAUUGCACGAUUUGAUAAUGUCAUUGGGGUGCGCUGCAUGCCCCGAGUUUGAUACAACGUAUUUGGAUUUCUCUUCUGACGACGAAGACGCUCCUGUAGACGAUAGAGGUAGUCUGGAUGGCAGUGUCUUGUAUGAAGGUGGUAGUGGUCUGGCAGAAGGGAGAGAUACAAAGGGCGAGACGGUCAAGGGGACCUGCUCCAGUAAUGGAUGGGGACCUGUCUGGUAGUUAGUAUAAAUACUGAUACUCGCGGGAGAGGCCAGGAGGGGUGUAAAUACGGUUAUCGUGCAUCUUGCGGGAGAUGGAUGGAUCUGUUGGUAGCUGGAUUAAAUGAAUGGUAGAAGGGUAGCGGUAGCUGUACUGUAGCCGUAGUUGGAUGUGGGUGGUAGUGGUUGGUACACUUGAGCUUGCCGCGAAGGAUCAAGCCUGCAGCAACGCGAUAUGAUGAGGCUCUGCUCGGCACCCAAAUGGGAAUCCCACAACUGUACUUUUGCCAGAGCGAGAGGGCUGUGUCUAGUGUUUAAUGACGAGCUGCCAUGUAAUUGGACCCUGGGCCCUGGAGCCCUUGAACCGACUCCUGACUAAGGGCACGGGCACUGGCCGGUGCGAAGCGCGUGAUUCCGAUGCUCUACUUGACGCCGGACGAAGAUGAAGCUAUUCCGACUUGCAAUGGUGGUUGAGGGGAGCUGGUCUUGGUUGUUGUGACUUCCAGCGGCUCCGGCUUUGCGCUAUUCGUCCCCCACAGAUUGAGUCAGGAGAAGCUAGACUAGGCAACCUCGACUGGGGUCUGGCUGUUUCUAGGAUGGCCCCCUCACUGUAGUAGUCAGGACCCCCGAGGACCCUUUCUUCUUCUGGGGCUUUCGGUGAGUGCGAAUGGUUGGGUGGUUGAAGAACUUUCAGCUUCUUAGCGGUGGUGGCCCCUUCUGCCGUCCUCUUUCCCCGGAGCAAUAGCGGAGAGUCUACGAGGUGAACGUUGAUACGUUGUCAAGCAGGCCAGCAGCAGCACCAGAUUACGGUGAGUGAACGAGUGAACAUUACGUUCACGUUGAGUCGUUGAAUCUGAAUCCAUUCGCUACGCUACUCUACCGAGUACUCCACCAUAGCAAGUUGCAACUUUGUCUGUACUUCUACCACCGCCACGACCACCAUCACCAUCACCACUCACUCUCAUCCCAUCUCACUUCAUCCCCCUCGACAUCCUCACUCUUCCUACCUACUCAAGUACAGCCUUACCACUCUCGCUCUCUCGCCGUACAACUCGACCUCGACGUCUGACGACUGUGCGCUUUCCCCGCAAGAGAUCACGUCCUUCCUGUCAAUUUUUAGCUCGGCCCAUCACACAUCGCAUUCACCGUUACCGUCCCAUCUAAUCACAAAUUUACCAUAGCGCUGACCAACAGCCGCCGCUAGGUGCAAGUGCGCGUGCCCCACGACAGUUCAAUCGCUCCCGUCUAUCAGAAUUUCCAAUUCCGCUUGUCUCUGACAACCUCAACCACAUCAACAUAAUCACCGCCACCGGGCUUCAACCGCUUCAAUACGCCGAGGCACAUCUUGUCGCUCGUUUGAUCGUGAUUUCCAUACCUCCAAAUCCCCGCAUCUCUACCCUCAAUCGCCACCAUGGACGGCGAAGACAAUCCCACCACGCCUCGCAUCGUGGAGGAAAAGCUCCAGGUCGACAAUGCUCUAAGGGCUAUUCAGACCAAGAAGCCGGUGCCAGAGAUUGAUUUUACUCUUCACACGAUGGAGGAUGGAUCAACUGUGAACACAACAGAGCGUGUGUGCAAAGGUACUUGCCCUUUUCCCCUUUACCCCUCUUGUAUCUUCUCGCAACCAGCACCACAACGCUGACACUAUACACUGCAGAUGUACAGGCUCCAGCGAUGCACCCACCGACCGACGAGCAAUUUUUCGAUCCCAAAGACCCUUCCAAGCCAAAUUUGACCUUCUUGAAGCAGCACUUCUAUCGGGAGGGCCGUUUGACCGAGGAACAAGCGCUUUACAUCAUUGAGGAGGGCACCAAGGUCUUGAAGCAAGAACCCAAUCUUCUGGAAAUGGAUGCGCCGAUCACAGUGUGCGGAGAUGUCCAUGGUCAGUACUACGAUUUGAUGAAGCUAUUCGAAGUUGGUGGAGACCCAUCUGAGACCAGAUAUCUCUUUUUGGGUGAUUAUGUCGACCGAGGUUACUUCAGUAUUGAGUGCGUGCUUUAUCUCUGGUCCUUGAAGAUCUGGUACCCCAACAGUUUGUGGUUGCUUCGAGGGAACCACGAAUGCAGACAUUUGACCGAUUACUUUACCUUCAAGCUGGAGUGCAAACACAAAUAUUCCGAAAGGAUCUACGAUGCGACCAUGGACUCUUUUUGCUCGCUACCUUUGGCCGCGGUCAUGAACAAGCAAUUCUUGUGUAUUCACGGUGGUCUGAGUCCCGAGUUACACACCCUGGACGAUAUCAGAACCGUAUGUGUUCACGGCUUCCCUCCCAUCCUCUUGACUAAUUCAUUCCCAGAUUGAUCGUUUCCGUGAACCUCCUACUCAUGGUAUAAUGUGUGAUAUCCUUUGGGCUGAUCCACUCGAGGAUUUCGGUCAGGAGAAGACUUCCGAAUACUUCACUCACAAUCACGUGCGAGGUUGUUCUUACUUCUUCUCCUAUCCCGCUGCCUGCAACUUCUUGGAGAAAAACAACCUUCUCUCUGUCAUUCGUGCACACGAAGCGCAGGACGCUGGAUAUCGUAUGUAUCGAAAGACACGUACAACUGGCUUCCCUAGUGUAAUGACCAUUUUCUCCGCGCCAAACUACUUGGAUGUCUACAACAACAAGGCCGCUGUCCUCAAAUACGAGAACAAUGUCAUGAAUAUCAGACAGUUCAACUGCACCCCUCAUCCAUACUGGCUUCCAAAUUUCAUGGAUGUCUUCACCUGGUCGCUACCAUUCGUGGGGGAGAAGAUUACUGACAUGUUGAUUGCAAUCUUGGGUACUUGCUCCGAGGACGAACUCAAGGAAGAUGUGACUCCAUCUACCGCCUCACCUGGUCCUGCUUCACCGCCUCCUACUACUCCAUUAGAUCCUGACUCAAUUGAGUACAAGAAGCGCGCGCUCCGAAACAAGAUUCUCGCCAUCGGGCGUCUAUCACGAGUUUUCCAGGUUCUUCGUGAGGAGUCGGAACGUGUUACAGAAUUAAAGACUGCCUCUGGAGGUAGACUUCCAGCUGGUACUCUCAUGUUGGGAGCUGAAGGCAUCAAGAAUGCCAUCAGUAGUUUCGAAGAUGCCCGCAAGGUCGAUUUGCAAAACGAGAGAUUACCACCUACUCACGAAGAGGUGGUUCGUCAGAGUGAAGAGGGACGAGCCCAGGCUCUAGAGAGAGCAGUAGAUGCUGCAAAUAACGAUAAAGGAUUGCAACAACUUUCUAGACGGUUAAGCACGUAAGUCCCUGCAGAGGUUUUUUUUAUAUUCACACUUAUCACUGACCUCGCGUCUUAGCGACCGAAAGAGAUGAUGAUAUACUUGGCGCAAGUUUGAUGGCUAAUUCCUUUUUAAGAAGCAAAUAAUGAAGGCCCGGAUGGGUUAUGAAUGACAGACAUUUGAUGAUGAUGGCGU